AAAAAGGGCCUGUCGCUGUCGUCACUUCCCUUAAGUAAAACGGAAGCUGGCAAGUCCACGAAACAGAGAAAAGCGGGCGAGAGGGGAUGCUUUGACGAAUAAAUAAUCGAUAACUUGAUAGAAAACACUAAGGAACUGUUUUCAGUUGCUUACUAUCACACGACGCUGUCGACGGAAGACCCACCACCAUGUCUGCCCAGGCUCAAAUGAGAGCGCUGCUCGACCAGCUCAUGGGAACAGCGAGGGAUGGGGAUGAGACGCGACAGAGGGUGAAGUUCUCCGACGAGCGGGUCUGCAAGAGUCAUCUUCUAAACUGCUGUCCACAUGACAUCCUGUCUGGAACCCGUAUGGACCUGGGAGAGUGCACAAAGAUCCACGACCUCGCACUUCGGGCAGACUAUGAAAUUGCUUCCAAGGACAGAGAUCUGUUCUUUGAGCUCGACGCGGUGGAUCACCUGGAGUCAUUCAUUGCCGACUGCGACCGGAGGACAGAAUUGGCCAAGAAGCGCUUGGCCGAGACUCAAGAAGAGAUCAGUGCUGAGGUGGCAGCAAAGGCGGAGAAGGUUCAUGAGCUGAAUGAGGAAAUUGGGAAGCUUCUGGCCAAGGCCGAGCAGCUCGGAGCGGAGGGCAACGUCGACGAGGCCCAGAAGGUCCUGCAGGAGGUGGAGAAGGUCCGCACUAGGAAGAAGGAUGCGGAGGAAGAGUACAGAAACUCCAUGCCGGCUUCCAGCUUUCAGCAGCAGAAGCUGCGGGUGUGCGAGGUGUGCUCCGCCUACCUUGGUCUCCAUGACAACGACCGUCGCUUGGCUGACCAUUUUGGUGGGAAGCUUCAUCUGGGCUUCAUCCAGAUCAGAGAGAAACUGGACCAACUAAAGAAAACUGUGGUCGACAAGCAAGAGAUACGGAACCAGGAGCGCUUGAAGAGACGAGAAGAGAGGGAGAAAGAGGAAAAGAUGAAGAAGGAGACCAGAUCCCGGAGCAAGGAGCAUAAAAGGUCGCGCUCCCGCGACCGCAGGAGGAAGCGCUCGCAGUCGAGAGAGAAGCGGCGCUCGCAGUCGCAGGAGAAGCGGCGCUCGCCCUCCCGCUCCAGGGAGAGGGAGAGAGAGAGAGAGCGGGAGAGGAAGAGGAGGCACCGCAGCCGAUCCGGCUCUCGCAGCAGAGCACACCGUCACAGCCAGGAGCAGAGCUCCAGACACAAGUCGUCCCGGGACCGAGAGCGCUCCUCCAGAGACGGGUCGCGGGACAGGAGGGACGGCAUGAACGGCAGGUCAGAGUCCCGCCGGGCGGACGACAGGGACGUGGACAUGUGAGGACCAAACUCCAUCCGUCACGACACACACCGACCCCCCCCCCCGCGGUCUCUCUCGCUCUCCCGCGUCUGUCCGUUUCUAAUAAUGUCCUCGCGCUGACCCGUCUGUCCCCCCCCCCGCCUCAUGUUCCUUUGUUUAAACUGUUUAUGCAGCCGACCCAGUGUACACAUAGCAGACAUGUUGUAUGGAUCAAAAAGCUGGCGUCCAGAUGACUGGCGGCUGUCUGAAUCCAACAUCAACUGAUGGUCUGCAAGGCAAAAAGUCUAACUCAUCCAUACUUUAUUUUUAACUGAUGGUCUUUUGAUACCGAAUCUGUCUGAAUAUAUUAUAUCUGCGUAUGUUUUGGGCCGACUGAUUGUUGUGGUUAUGAAGAGCCUCGUCCUGUCAAUACGUCUUUCUUUUUUUUAGUCUCCCUCUGAAGAUUUCUUUUCACCAUAAAGUUCCCUAAAGCCUCUCCACAUUUCUUUGGUCCUGUACUAAGUUUGAUGAAGCCCCGUUAAAGUUUUAGGAACCCAAUUGAAAACCAAAAGGUUGAAGUUGUGAAUAUUAGAACAUUAAAACCUUAUUUCUCCCACCUCUU